CACUGAAAUCAAGCCGGUUAAAGAGCCCGGACUUCAUUACAGAAGUUGCAGGGUUGUAAUUUUAACCCAAGUGCCUCCAACUGUAAAGUCUUUUCUUACUAAUAUUUCAUCCUCCUUCCUUCCUUCCUUAAUAGAACUUACAUUCUCAAUUUCAUUUUUAAUUUGCAUAUCCUUUUUACUUAGCAUUCUGUUCUUGUCACAGUAAGUGAAUAAACAAUCCGCACACCCGUGCACUGGGAAAGCUCAGUUUACUUACUUGUUUAGGACACAUACAUACAUAGCCUCUUGUUCUUCCACAAUAAAGGUUAGAUGGGAGACAGAGGAGUUGUGCUUUCCAAUGACUCCUGUCACCCUGUAGACAAUUGGCAGCAGGGGAGCAGCAGCUGCCACACUCUUCAGAUAUCUCUCUAUUUAAAGUUCAGAGGCACAGGAUAACAAUAAGGAAGAAAGACGUGGCCCUGACUAAGCCACUCAACAAUAGAAAUAAUGGCUGAAAAAGAGUCAACAUCACCACAGCUCAUGGUUCCCAUUCUUCUCCUGGUUGGAUGGAUUGUAGGCUGCAUCAUAGUGGUUUACAUUGUCUUCUCCUAGAAAAGCAAGAAAACUUCAGGCUGAUACCAUUUAGAAGAACUAAGAAAAACAUGGACAUGGCUGAUCAUUAAAGGUGUCUCAUGUAAAUAGCUGCAGUGUUUCGUAUCCUUUGAAGGCAGAAUUUGUUCUCAUAAGAAUAUCUUAGGAACUUGCUGGAAAUUACAGAUAAAAAAUAUAAGAAAAUUCAGGUGAACUUUUCUAUGUCAAGAAAGUUGGAGAUAAAUGCUUAAUUAUGGCUAAAAACACAUUAAGCAAUAGGAUUGAGUAUGAUGAUUCAAUUAGAUUAGAAAAUGUUUUGUAUCCUCCUUCCCAAAUGGAUAAAUGGACUAAAGAACACACAAUAAACAGAAGAUAAAGGACAACUGAAAAACUUGGAUCUUGCCCCUGGCUCAUAAUGAGAAAUGUAAUUUAAACCAUACU